AUGUUGUUCCAUAAAUCUGUUAAUGCAAGGAAGUAUAUUCUAUCAUCCAAAGUAGAGAAUAAGCAAGAUGACUACAUAUUUGUAUAUUACCGAGGCAGAAAUGAUGCAUGGGAUGGCUAUGGCGGUGCUUUUGCGUACACAAGAAGUGCGGUUUUGCCGGAAAGCAUUGUUCCUGAACUUGAAAGAGCAGCUAAGAGCGUAGGAUGUGACUUCAACACGUUCAUAAAAACGGAUAAUACUUGCGGUCCGGAGUCUAGCAUUGUAGAGAGGCUUGGGAAGACAGUAGAGGAAGGGGAGAGGACCAUUAUAAAGGAAGUUGAAGAGAUAGAAGGGGAAGUUGAGAAGGUUGGAAAGAUUGAAAGGACCUCGUUGGAGAGGUUAGCAGAAGGAUUUAGAGUGCUUCAAGAAGAUGAGAAAAAUUUCACAAGAGAGCUAAGCAAAGAAGAGAUGGAUAUAUUAAACGAGCUAAAGAUGGAGGCAACGCAGGUAGAAAAGCUCUUUGGAAAAGCACUGCCGAGUAGGAAGCUUAGAUAG